CUUCACUGGUGUUGGAGCAACACUUUUAAUACGGAAAGCAGAGAGCUUUUCAAAGGUCUGAAGCCCAUCAUUAGUCUCAGUAAUCUUGUGCUAUCCAGAUGUUUUGGAGUAUCACAGUACUUUAAUUUGGUCCAUGCUGACUGGGGGCUGGCAGGUGGUAAAGGCAGAAGCAUCAGGACGUCCCUGAAGAACCUUUGAAGUGGAGAUGACACACCCUGAAAAAGAAGCAAAUGGAUUAGACAAUCCCACUUUUAUUACCGAUGAUGGCAAACAUCACUGUAACUUUACUGAAGAUGGUGCUACAGUUCUAGACUAUGAAGAAAAGCCAGAAGACUUCAGCAAACAAGGUUAUAACAAGCUGGCUUAUAGUGUCACAGAUAUACCUCCAUGGUACCUCUGCAUCUUCCUGGGAAUUCAGCAUUACCUGACUGCACUUGGAGGUCUCGUUGCAAUUCCUCUCAUCCUUUCCAAAUCACUUUGCCUGGAGCAGGACAUCCUGACACAGAGUUACCUGAUCAGCACCAUCUUUUUCGUCUCAGGGAUCUGCACUCUUCUUCAAGUCAUCUUUGGAGUAAGGCUACCUAUUCUACAAGGAGGAACCUUUUCAUUUUUAACUCCUUCACUGGCCAUGCUCAGUCUACCCUCCUGGAAGUGCCCUGCUUGGACCAAUAAUGCCAGCAUGGUGGAUCCUACUUCCCCAGAUUUCAUUGAGCUAUGGCAGGUUCGAAUGAGAGAGGUGCAGGGAGCAAUUAUGGUAGCUUCCUGCUUCCAAAUUUUUAUUGGCUUUUCGGGUCUCAUUGGAUUUCUGAUGCGGUUCAUUGGCCCUCUGACUAUUGCUCCAACCAUAACCUUGGUGGCACUGCCUCUCUUUAGCUCAGCAGGGAAAGAUGCCGGAGAACACUGGGGUAUAGCAGCCAUAACAAUUUUCUUCAUAGUUUUAUUCUCUCAGUAUCUGAAAAAUGUGCCUGUUCCAUUACCGACUUACCAGAAAAGCAAAAAAUGCCAUUUCUCCAAGAUCUACCUCUUUCAGAUCUUUCCAGUGCUGUUUGCUCUCAUAAUUACGUGGCUAUUUUGUUUCAUACUCACCAUUACCAAUGUCUUCCCUUCGGAUGCGGGGACUUAUGGUUAUUUAGCUCGGACUGACAACAAAGGUGAUGUCCUGACCAAGGCACCCUGGUUUCGAUUUCCUUACCCAGGUCAGUGGGGAGUGCCCACAAUUAGUUUGGCUGGUGUAUUUGGCAUCAUGGCGGGAGUGUUCUCCUCCAUGGUGGAGUCGGUGGGAGAUUACUAUGCCUGUGCUCGUUUGUCUGGUGCUCCGCCUCCUCCCGAGCAUGCAGUCAAUCGUGGCAUUGCAAUAGAAGGGAUCGGCUGCCUUCUGGCUGGAGCCUGGGGAACAGGAAAUGGUACUACUUCUUACAGUGAAAAUGUUGGCGCUUUGGGGAUCACUCGGGUAGGUAGUAGAAUGGUCAUUGUGGCCGGUGGCUUUGUUCUGCUUUUGACUGGCAUGUUUGGCAAGAUUGGGGCUGUGUUUGCCAGCAUUCCAACACCCAUCAUUGGAGGAAUGUUUCUUGUGAUGUUUGGUAUCAUCGCGGCUGUGGGGGUUUCCAAUUUACAGUAUGCAGACAUGAACUCUUCAAGAAACAUAUUCAUCUUUGGAUUUUCUAUAUUUGCGGGUUUGACCGUGCCAUACUGGGUGGAGAAUAAUACAGAAAAACUAAAAACAGGAAUUGAACCGCUAGAUCAAGUGAUCCAGGUGCUGCUAACAACUGGCAUGUUUGUGGGCGGAUUCCUGGGCUUUUUAUUUGAUAACACUAUUCCAGGAAGCAAAGAAGAACGAGGAAUUCUGGCCUGGAGGAAAGAUUAUAAUACAGACUCUGAUGGUACUGUGAAUACCCUGCACAUCUAUGAUCUUCCAUUUGGAAUAGGUUCCAAGUUCUGUGUUGCUAACUGGUUUAAGUACCUUCCAACGUGCCCCAAGCAGUUGGCUACUCACAGUGCAAAGGAACAGGAGAAGAGCAUCAAAGCUGAUGUUGAAAGGAACUCUGAUAUCAGUAUUAACACAAAGGUUUAAAUCUGCACCAGGAGGAAAAAAUGGUUUCCUAAGCCACUGAAAAAUCAUCUUCCUUUCUGUGGGUUUCAUGAGCUGUGGCUGAGCAAAAGACCAAGAUCCUGUAAGCAGUUCUGUGAUAUCCCCCAAGAUCGGCACCAUCCUGAGUGUUGGUUUCUUUACAGCACCAUUUCAAAUAAUUGUCUAUUUAGGGAGUGGGAAGCGCAGGUGUGGUCAUGGGAAAGAAUUUGUUUUCCUUUCUACUAUGGAAAACUGUUGCCCAGGAAAUCUGAGUGUAAUUCUUGAGAAAAUGAAUGAGGCUUAGGUUUCAGUAAAUACAGCCUCAAGCUUUAUCUCAGCUGAACUGACCAAAUGCAGUUGAUCAAACUCCUUAAUUUGCACGCUUCAGAUUUUUGGUGCCCCCUUACUUUUUAAUCAUCAGAGUUGUUAAGUCUAAAACCUCUGGAGGACCGUUUGCUGGUUAAUGCGGGUUAUUUAAUGACUACAAUAGGCUUCUGGAUUAAAUUUGAGUUGCCAAAAGCAUUUAUAAAAUAAAAGUUGUUAUUUCUUAUUUGCUUUCAUGCAAGCCAAUAUACAUGAAUAGCCACACACAAUGCAUACUUUAUCCAGAUAAAUAUGUAAAUUCAUAUAAUGUUGUACCUUAUGUUUAAACUGUACCCAAAGGAAAGUAUCAGUAAUCUGAUAUGCAUUGGGAAAGGCUUUUGAUCAUUCUCUUCGGUGAAGGCCAUUUUGGUUUACUAAUGAGCCCGACCUCAUGCUGGCAAUUUCCUCAGUGAAUGCUGUUCUGGUUUCAAGACAAUUUGCACUGAUGACCUGUUGAUUUCAUGAUUGUUUGCAUCAUAUCACACUUUGCAAAGCAGUAUUUUCUAAAAUUCCAAAAAAAGGGAUUUGGAUCUGAUUAACCAUAGGGCACUGUUGAAGGAACAAAUCUGGUCCUUUCUGCCCCAUUUCAGUUUCCUGUCAUGUUGUACCUCCUUUUUUUCAUACUGGCCAUAUGUGCACUCUUCAGUCUUCCUCACUUCAGAUUUAAUACUGUUUUUCCACUUCAUGUAUUCAUGUAUUACUCUGAAGUAAGUAAAGGGAUAAUUUAAAUGUAAUACUCCCCAGCCUAGCAAUUACAUCCUUCUUUUCCUACAUGGCUAUUAAGCAUGAAUUGGAAACUUUCAUACCCUGCUUCUCAUCAUAGCUAUCCCAUAUACAUCCAAAUACCUUGCACGGCCAUUUGGGAGAAGUCAAGGUAGCUAGCUCCACAUACAACAGUUGUGCCUCUUUCAUGGCUAUUAACACGCAGUGAAGCCUAAAAUGCUAUCAGCUCACUAAGAUGGCAUUCCAACGAGCCUUUUGAAUCCAGAGUUUAGAGUUGCAUGAGGUUGUGGCAAGAGACAAUCCUUUAUUUUUAAACUAUCAGCAAAUAUAAGUCUGUAAGACGCUCUUCUCUUCACCUUGGUGAUAUAUCAGCAAGCCUCUUCUUGCUGCAUAGGAACAGUUGGGCAAUAUGCUGGGGUAUGCUUCUUCAUAAAUAAUAAAGCAAAGAUUCUGACAAAUUCUGGCUUAAUGAUUCUCCCCAUUCAAGGAGCAAAUUGGUAUGGGACUGUACCACUCACAGAAAGAAAGCAAAGAUGUAGAAUAUCC